AUGACACUGAGGAGGAACAGACGAAAAGAGGAAAACCAGCGGGGCAAGAAUCAAGGGGAAUGUUCUAGACCCGGCAAAGAGCAGAGAGAAAGGACAGAGGCACAGAGGAGCAGAAAAUGGGGAAAGAGGGGGGGAGGAGGAGCUGAAGAGAGGGACCGGCGGGGGGUGGCGGGGGGGCCGGGGGGGACGGGGUCAGGCCUGGAGGCGGGAACCGGAACGAGGGCACUGAGCGGCGAAGAGGGGAGCCACAAAGCAAAGGGCCUAAACAAUAAUGCCGGAAACGGCACGGGAAGGGCAGGGGGCGGGGGGGGACCAGCAGGGACACUGAGGGAGAGGGGAGGAAGGCACCAGACUACGAGAGGUGGUCUAAGAGACAGGGAAGAUGCGGAGAUGAGAGAUAUUAGAGGGGGUGAAGACUGUAUCGUGUAG